CCAAAGCUUGACUCCCAAAAUUGUUUACAUACCGAAUUCGCGUUUAUACAUGUUCUAACAAAACGCGAAGCGAUGGAGCGGAUCGUAAAGAAUCAUGGGGCAGAUUAGAUCGAAACAGGAAGUGGUAAUAAAUGUCUUUGUAUAUCAGAGCUAUGCGUGGGCUUUUUCCAACCAUUCUCAGCCAAGCCUGACUCGGGAAUAGAGAAGCGCAUUUGCGAAAAAAACGAAAUUUGCGUUAAUCGUUCAACAAUUAUCUCAAAAUUGCAGAGAAAGGGUAAAGUACACAUACGAUGUGAUAUUUUAAUUAACUAUUAACCUGCUUCUUCCAAGACGCAUUCGUAAGGUGUUAUGGCAGUUUCUAACGAACCCUACUUGUUUACAUGCCUUUGCAGGAACAUGGAAAGCGAGCUAUUCAGCGUCGAAGACGAGCUGUUCCUAUUUGAGACUUUCCUGAAAUUAUCAAGCCAGGAUUACAACGAUGAAGCAGAGGUGUUCAUCUCGGAAGACGAGAGCGAUGAAUCGUUGGACGUGCCCUUGUUGGAUUUCUUCAUGUACGAAAAAGGUGAGAGAGAUUUCAAUUUUUGGCCAAGGGGUGGGGGGAAUCCGUUAUGCAAUCUUAGAGUGACCUAGAUUGUGAAACUAACUUCACAGUACUUAGUCGUUAUCUUACGAGCUUUCGUUCCAGUGUGUGCCAUAUUGUAAACUAACUUUACACGCAAGUUUUGCGGACCCCGUCUUAAUGCGUCGGGCUAGAGAAAGGUGGGUAACGGGAGGGGGUAAUGGCGGGGGGAGGUAGAGUUGAUUUCUUAAAUUCAUACUUUUGAUAGCUACUAUAAACCAGCAGUGCAUUUUGCUUAUGAGGAAGCAAGCAUGAGUGAACUGGCACCUGCCUCACUGUUUGGGUAGCGGGGUCGGGGUAACGUGGUGCGGGCAGUAGGAGGGGGUAGACAGGUUUAAAUCGGGAUGCGCGCGCACAGAAAAGCGCUACGAACGGGUUCCUAAAUCUUCAUGGUUUUUUUUAAGGAAAUUAAGGGGCAGGAUACUCGCCAGUCUAAGGCGCGUUAAAGCACCCACUCAGCAAUCCAGAUUCGAUAAAAGGGACGCGAUUUUGACCUUUGUAAAGUGAAUUCACUUUGAUGUUAAUGGAACGUUUAUAAUAUUCAUAGCACCAAUUAAAUGUUUUCAAUUCGUUCAGUAAAAUCGCCGACUGUGUGUCGCGUUUCUGUGUCGCACUCGGACCAAAAUAGAGCUUGUUUGUUAGUGAUGACGACAGCAAAAUAUGACAUAGUUGCUGCGUAAAUACCAAAUGUUGUUUUCGCAAAUAUCGUUGUCAAGUUCAAGACUUUGCUUGUUGAGUUGCGCUCGGAUCGUUCUAGUGCGAGAGGAAGUUGAAGAAAUUGUUUUCCUGCUCCAUGGGGACUUGACGAACUGCAGACAUACAGCGCGAAACGUUUCAAUAAACAUUCCUGUCAAUCAUGUGACUCUGAUCGUAUGACUAUGGUGUGAUCCGACAGGCUGAAGUGGGCGGGGUAAUUGCUCUACCAUUCUGAGGACAUAAUUGACUUCAAUGACCAUUUUGUUCUUGGCCAUAUAAGUUCGAGACAUUUAUGACAUCAUUGAAUUCAAUCUACACAUUCCUCUCCUUGUACAGUACAAAUGCUACACUGGUCUGGGUUUGAAGAUCUGAACAGACCUGAAACUCAAAAUGUAUUUAAUCUUUAUGUCAGGUAGUUCAGACACAAACCUGGACCGCGUUUGAACACAUCAUUAAAAAUAUCAUGAUUGUUCACUUGCAUACGCAGUCACGAAAUAUAUUGGUUAGGAGGUUAGGGUUAGGGAUAGGAUUAGGUUUCGUGAUUGCGUGACAUGAAAAGAUAACCUGCGAAGGCCUAUGGCGCGGGUGAAAGGCCCUGGGGACUAGGAUGGAUGUUCCCAGAGAGAUUGCCAGAAAUAUUUAGUACAUAUACUGGCUAUUGACUUCCUACGUCGAAUGAUUUUCAAUCAUUUUCAGGUAGUUCAGACGCAAAUUACGACUGGCGCCUUAUCGUAAUUAUAUAAAAAAAAUUUUUCCUUAUUUAUAAAUAUAACUUUCUUAUUAUUAUUAAAAUAGUUUAUAUAGCGCAAAUUAUCAUACCAUGUUUAGAUGCGCUGAAUCUACUCAUAUUUAGUUCCGUUUGUGUUUAAUAGGAGAUAGGAAUGAGGAACCAUAUGUGCUGCAAAUGUAGUUAAAUAUUGCAUUACCCACUAAAUCAAGGUGCUUUUUUCAGCGACCAAUUAUUGAUUUCUUGAAUUCUUACUUUUGGUACACGCUCGGAACGAGUAACCUUAUCUUGUGGGUAUAAAGCAGCAGUGAAUUUUGCCUGUAUUUAACGAGGAACCAGGCAUGAGCGAGUUGGCACCUGGCUCACUGUUUGAGUACCAUAAUUGGUAUAGUACUAUAGAAACUGUUAUUGUUAUUCACGAAUAUAUAACAAGCAAAGACAGUACGAUAGCAGGGGGCAGAUUGAAAAUGUUAAACAUGUAAUUACUGAUUGUAUUUAUAAUAUCCCCAUUUGUGAUGUGUAGACGUGUAAAACCAUUUGUAAUACACAUUCAAAAACAACUUCGGUGAAUAAUUUUGACUGUUUAGGUCAGCAGUUUUUAACUGCUGGAGCAAAGCAUCUUUCAAUUCAUUCAUACAAGACAGCUACAUAGAAUCAGAAGAAUAUUGAACAUUAUUUUUAGUUCACUCUGAUAACUGCAGGUUGAACACCAUCUGCUGCACGAUGGUGCUUAGUGAAACCUACUUACCAGAUUAACCAACCUGUCUCUAGACUCCAAAUAUAGCAGCAAUCAAAUACACAAUGUCGUUAUUCUAAACAGACAAGAAAUAAAAUUAGUCUUUUGUCUUUCUUUUGAGCUACUUGGAAGCUCAAAAAAUCAUAAGAGGUCACUUGAACUAAUUUAAAUGAAAAUUAAACACGUCAUAUACGGUAACUUCCAUGAGUAAAUAAAACAAUGUCUAGCCUAUAUGUCGAACUAAACAGCUCAGAUGAUUUUUGUUGUGGUACUUGGUAACUCUGGUAACAUACAUUCUGGUCAGUGAAGGUGCUUCUGUCACCUCAUUCCUCUAGUAUGCAGGUGUCUUGUUAUAAUUUCACAUGUCAUUUCACUCUCCACAGAAGAGUCAGCUUCCUGUUUCACUCACGCGACUGGGUUUCUCCGCAAAGUAACACUAAACUAAUAUAAGCUGUGAGAGAUCUCUUGGGAAAACAGUUUAGAUCCGAUAGGGUCAUUUAGUAUAAAGUUAGUUAACUUUUUCGGAUGUUAGUAGAGUUUUUGACGGAGGUUAUGUAAAUCAUUUCAUUUCCUUAUUCCUCAAAGCAAGGCCGCGUGCAGUCACACAUGGUUAUAAAAACGCAAUUCCUACACACCCACGAUCUUGAGUGAACUGCGAAUCACUUAAAAACGAACGAGCGGAUAUCAGUUCGUAGGCGGAACACAGCUUCCAUUUUCCAUUAAAUCUUUUCUUCCGUAUCAUGUGUUGUUUAGUCUUUGAGGAUAGCAUGGUAAAAAAUUGAGUGCAUAUAUAGUUAAUUUGAGUGGAAACUUAGUCCUUACUGAAAUCCUAGACCUCAAAAAUUAAUUAUGGACACUUUGAAAAGCACUUUGGUUCAUUUUUUAUCAUCGUGUCAACAUAGUAUAGCAAAUAUAGUACGCCUAGACAACUAGUGAAUACAGAUCCUAACUUUACCCUAACUGUUCUAAACUGUUCUUCCUAUAUUGAUCUAUUAAAAUCUGUGCUAAGAGAAAAACAAAAUGUAAUUAUAUUAUUUAUACUAGAUAGCUUUUUAGGUGUCUGUUCACUCAAAGGUCCGGCAAAGACCUAGGUCAUUAUUAACUGAGAUAAAUUAUCUUCUUUUCUAGAGCCUGAACAAUGUCCAAGCCCAGUGGACACUAUACCCUCUCCCACCCCCCCACAACAAUUCUUCCCCCAACACUACCCGAGAAGCCCCUCCCCUUGUGAAUCACCCACCUCCCUCUUCCCUCCGAUCCACUUAGAGAAUAUCCUUCCCCCCUGUACCCCUACCCCUUCGGUUAUCUCCACUCCACCGUCCACCCCACUCCCACAACAAAGCCCAAGCUUUCCACCCCCGGAGUACAAAAUAGAGCCCAUCCCAGAACCCACCUACACCCCUCCUACUGCCGAUGCUGAAUCGGCAGGGGUACACUUCAUUGAUCUAAAAGACUUGUACGAGAAGGCACAAGUGAGGCGGAAAGGCACGUCAGAACAACGGCUGGUCGACUGUCGCAUACACAUGGUCGCAAACUUUCUAACAGUUCCGUGCAACGUCCAAGUCUGGGUUCAAAGAUUUGCCGAGAUCAAGGGCUUUCAGAAUACAGUAGAGCUGCCUGUCACGAUUGAGAAGAUUUUGCCAAACAUGGUAAAUAAUUAAACUACAGCACUAACUUAUACUAGUCCAGGAUGGUUCUAUUAACUAUAAACUGUUCCCCCUAGAAGUCCAAUAAGGGCCACUACCACCGGAGGAAACGUAAUUAACUAAAGUAACCUUAUUUAUUUAUACUGGAUGGCUCUAUCAGUUCUAAACUGUUCUCCCUAGAGCUCCAGUAAGGAUAAUCUCUUAUUGAUCCAGUAACCUAGUGUUACUACAGUAGGAAACCUAAAUUAAAUUAACUUUAUUUAUUUAUACUGGAUAGCUCUAUCAGUUUUAAUUAAACUGUUCUUCCUAGAGGUCCAGUAAGGAUCAUCUCUUAUUGAUCCAGUAACCUAAACUAACUUUAGUUAUACUGGAUAGUUCUAUCAGUCCUAAAGUCCUAAGAAUCAUCUCUUACUGAUCCAGUGUUACUACAGGAGGAAACCUAAAUUAAACUAACUUCAAACACUCAUUAAUAAUUCAUGUCCUGAUUUGCAUAAACUUCAACUUUGAUUUUCUCGGCUUAGACAAUGUUUAUUCUUAAAAUUACUUACUCAUAAGUACGUUAAAACAUUCGCAUCCGAUCUUUAUCUGAUAUACAACCUCUCGCCUUCGGCUCGAGUUUGUUUAUCAGAUAAAGAUCGUGUUUUUUUCUGUGUUGGUAUUAUGUACUCAGGUGAAUAUGAUGCUUGCCCGGUGUGGAUAUACACUCAGAGUAACAUCACAAGCAAGAUAAAGAUCGGUUGCUCAUGUUUUAACUGGUACUUAUUUAUACUGGAUAGCUCCAUCAACUUCAUUUAUUAAACUUGCAUUUGUCUUUUUUCUUCUUAUAGCAAUAUUUUUCAGUAAAUUUGGACGCAGUCUACAUGACGUCACUGGGCAACAAGUUCUACCAGCUUAGCACGACAGAUAGAUUUCGAAAAAACCGUUUUGUAAUCCACGUGAACUUGAUGUUUGAAGACAACAGCAUCGCCCAGUUUAAAAGUGAACCAUUUUUGAUCAGAAGUAGAAAACUGUCGCCAAAUCCUCGCAAGCCUCGCUCAUAUAGCGACUAAUGAAGACUGUAUCAAUUGGAAAGAAAGGGUGUAAAAACGGCAACGCGAAAGCACAGAGUUUGCGGCGAAAAGACUGCGUAUUUCACCAUUAAACCUUGAAGUUGCAACCAAAUAUUUUACACAGUAACUUAAGAUUAGCUAGGAUUAUGGGGUGCAUUGUUUUGUAGAAGUGAGAUGUCGGGAUCCUGAGGAAGAUUGAAGAACAUCUUCAAUUUUUCCACGCAUACGUUAUGGAAGAAUCGUUAGGAAUCGUAUAUCAUACUUCCUUAUGUCAUUUGAAAUUUGAAGUGGUAUUCAAUGUUCAAAUUUGGUGUAAUGUACGUCAAAUUUUCCAUUGUUUUACGCUCUGUUGAGAAACAUUUGAAAUAGGCAAAUUUAAGGUCCGAGGAACAUUAAACACUUUUGCCAGGCCUGUCAUCCAAUACACUGUGUAUGUACAUGUUCAUUUGAUUGUGCCUGCAAACAACCUGUUAAUCUUAUUGUUCCUAUCUACCUGUCCGUUUCUUUAAUUAUUAAUGAAGUUAGGACGAUUUGUGGUCAAAACAAAAUCUAUAUCAAAUAUUCUACAAAGAUUUUUAAAAAAAGUUACUUUGGAUUUUCUAAACUCUAUACCUCAAAGGUUUGUGGCAGCAACUAAUAUUAUUUUACGUUAGAAAGUGUAAAGAUUUGAUAUAAACCAGCUACUUGUACAUAUUAGUUAGAAUUAUAUGAUAAUAUUUGUGUUAUACUUGUAAUAUAGAUAGUGAUAGAGUUUUAAAAUAUCUACUCUUGGAAGAAUAAUCUUGUGUGGAAUUUCAAAAGCUAGUUUGGCAAAUGAUAUCUAUGGCAUGAUUCCUGUAGUUCACAACAGAUAGGAGUCGUCUGCAGUUCAAUUUAUGGACUAUGUUAUAGUUUCAUUUUCAUUCAUGCAUGAAAAUCCCAUUACAUAUUGCCCGAGGAAAUCGUUGAUACAUACAAAGGUUUUAAUUCGUAUGAAGAUUCACAUAUUACAUAUCACAGCCUCUUAAUAGUUCUAUCAGUUGUAAACUGUUCUUCGUGGAGGUCCAGUAAGGAAGAGUCAUUCUUCAUUGGCCCAGUGUUACAGUACAGGAGGAAAUCGGAGUAUAUAUAUUGCGAUAACUUCCGAGCUCAUCUUUUACAUAUCGUAGUCACGCGUGAUCCUGCUUAGAUUCACACAGUUGUCAUUUUUGUAUUGACACCUUCAUGCAAUGUUUGUUCAUUGUAUUUCAUAUUGAGUACUUUAGAUAUUAAAAAAAAACACAUUACUGUACUGAUGGAAAUUGCUGAAUAUACCAGAGAAAACCUGUGGGGUUUGAUAGAGUCAAACUGGAAGCACUCUUCUCACAUGAGACUGAGGUGAAAUUAUAAUGAGACAACUGCAUAUUGCAGGAAUCAAACCUCUGUCACAGAGAUGACAGAAAUAUGCACUGACCACUGUGAUUUUUUUUCAACAUUCAGGAAAGACCCAAAAGAACAAUGAGAAAGAAAUACUAAUAUCAAAAACCCAACAAAAUCAUGUUUCCAAUCUUACAUAAUGGAACCCUGAACAAAUACCUAAACACGACCACACCACGACCGGGACAUUUAACCCUUACCGGGUUUCCGAACCCUCGGAACAAUCAUACCGGAACAUUGUCUUCGUCGUUGGGUACAAGACUCCGGGAGAGAAAUGUCCGGUUACAUGAUGAAAAUGUAUCGCUGUAUAUGUUUAUUGGACUGUUUGUCGCGUUUGUACUCAUUAGUACUUUUGUGAUUUCCAUUGAAUUGUACAAAAGCGGACGAUGUAAAUGGCAGACGAGGGCGAUAAAGAAAUUCGACUACACAUACGGAUUAUAACGUGUUUUAAAUUCCUGAAGAAAUUAUUCAAAGAUAUUUUGUUACGAAAACAUCACUUUCUAGCUGACAAGCCCGGAAAAUCAUUGCUUCCCUACUGAAUAUUAAAUAAUAGUUCCUUACCAAAUAGUAAACAAAAAUGGCAUGAGAGAUUGUGUGGCUUGUUUUCUUAAAUCUGAAAGUCUAAUUUCGUUAAAGCUUCAAAUAAAGCCAUAAACUUAUUGGCAGCUGU